AUGGCUGCGGGCGGCUGCGGGGAUGGUGCGGGGCCGGGGAGCGCGGCGCGAGGCAUGGCCCGGCGGCUGCUGCUGCUGCUGCUGCUCGGCGCGGGGCCCCUGGCCGACGGGCUCUUUGUGACUGAUUACUUCACCCGCACGCCGCGCAAGCUGAGCCCCUUCCGCUCCUUUGCCAGCAUCGAGCUCUUCCACUUCCGCAUCCCUGAGGACACCCUGGUCGCCGUCUGGAACCUCAUCACCUUCAAGGAGCAGGGCGGCACCUUCGGGGACCGGUGCCCGGACCGCAGCGUCACCGUGUAUUUCCGCUCCGGGGCUCCCCCCAUCAUCGCCCCCCUCCACACCCACUUCCCCCGGGACACAGCCGUCCCCGGCUCCUUCACGCUCACCCUCACCUGGAGCCUGCCGAACCGCACCACCGGGGUGUUCAACAUCACCAGCCCGCUGCCCGGAGACUGGUUCCUGGCCGCCCACCUGCCCAAGGAUGAGGGCAAGAUCUCUGUCAAGGGUCUGUACGAGGAGUGCCAAUACUUGUUCCAGCCCCAGCUCGUCGUGCAGCGCCUCGUGGGGAUCGCCGUGCUGUACCCCGGCUACAUCAGCGCCCAGAGCAUCGCGCCCCACAACCGCUCCAGCCUCUACAAGGUCUUUGUGCCCAGCCACACGUCGCGGGUACUGGUGCAGGUGCUGGGCUGCCGGGCGGGGGACCGCAGCGCCGCGAGCUGCCCACUCUGGCUGAAGGUGCGAGCCAAGGCCCCCCCGCUGCACAACUCCACCGCGCUGGACUGCCGGGAGCGGGCGCCCUGCCAGCUGGCCCUGGAGCGGCCCCUCUGGCACCACUGGUACUACGUGCUGCUGGAGAAGGCCCUGGGCGUGCCGGGCCCCAUCCGCUUCCAGCUCACUGUGCAGCUCACAGACUGCUCCAGGCCCGGUCUGUCCCGGGCCCCUGUCCUGCUCCCCGCUGCUGCCAUGAACAUGCCUCAGUCCUUCGGUGCCUUAGUCAGCCUGUCGCUGGGGGAGAGCCUGCCCCCCGCCGUGCCGAAGGGCACCCAGCCGCCUCCAGCUGGGCCGCCCCCCGGCGAGUGCUGCUGGCCCAUCCGGCCCACGCUGCGCAACGAGCUCGACACCUUCUCUGUCCACUUCUACAUCUUCUUCGGGCCCAACGUCUCGGUGCCGCCCAACCGGCCCGCUGUCUUCGGCAUUAGCCUGCUGCCGGUGCUGGACAGCGGGGGGGUGCUCAACCUGGAGCUCAAACUCAAUGUGUCGUCCCUGCGGGGGGAGAACGUGACGGUCUUUGGGUGUCUGACCCACGAGGUCCCGCUGAUGGCAGGAGACAACGCGUCUGUCACCUGUGAGACAGGGUCCCUGGCUGGGUUCCUGCUGUCUGUCAACAGCACGGCCAGCCUGGCCCGCUUACGGAUCCCGUACCCCCAGACGGGCAGCUGGUACCUGAGCCUGCGCUCGCUCUGCGCCACGGAGCACGGGUUCGAGCCCUGCGCUAACGUGACAGCGGAGGUGUAUUUACGGACCUACCUCUCCCCCUGCAUCGAGGACUGCGGCCCCUACGGCCAGUGCAAGCUCCUGAGCACCAACAACUAUCUGUACGCGGCCUGCGAGUGCAAAGCAGCUCCUGGCCACGCUGCUUCUGUGCCUCAGCAACCUGAUGUUCCUGCCGCCCGUGGCCAUCGCCCUGCGGAGCCGCUACCUGCUCGAGGCCUCGGUCUACGUCUUCACCAUGUUCUUCUCCACCUUCUAUCACGCCUGCGACCAGCCGGGCAUCGCCGUGUUCUGCAUCAUGGAGUACGACGUGCUGCAGUUCUGCGACUUCCUGGGCUCCCUUAUGUCCGUCUGGGUCACCGUCAUCGCCAUGGCGCGGCUCCAGCCCCUCGCCAAGCAGGUGCUGUACCUGCUGGGCGCCAUGCUGCUCUCCAUGGCCCUGCAGCUGGACCGCCACGGGCUCUGGAACCUCCUCGGGCCCAGUCUCUUCGCCGUGGGGAUCAUGGCUAUCGCCUGGACGGCGCGCAGCAUCCGCCGGCGUCACUGCUACCCCCCCACGUGGCAGCGCUGGGCCUUCUACCUGGGCCCGGGCGCGCUGAUCGCGGCGGGCGCCGUGCUGCUCUACGCCUGCGUGGAGACGGAGGAGAACUACUUCUACAUCCACAGCAUCUGGCACAUGCUGAUCGCCGGCAGCGUGGGCUUCCUGCUGCCCCCGCGCCCCAAGGCCGCCGGGCACCUGGGCCCCCUGCCCCGCCGCAAGGGCUGCGGCUACCGGCUCUGCGUCAACGAGCUGGAGGAGCUGGGGCUGGUGGGCCCCGCCACGGCCUCCGUCAGCAGCGUCUGUGCCAGCUGACAGCGCCAGGCCCCCUGGCCUUUGCGGGCACCACGCUGGGGGCGUGGGACAGAGCAGCCCCAGGGCGAUGGACCCACAGCGAGGGGGCGUCCCCCCCCACUGCCAUAGUCACCAGCCUCCGGGGAGGGCCUGAGCCCUGUGGCACCCCCGGGUGGUCUCUGCCUGCUGCUGCCCCAAGGACUGGCUCAGCCCUCCGCUCACGGUGACGGGGCUGCGAAUCCCCUGCUUGGGGCAGAUAUGGGGCUGCCGCGGGGCAACACAGGGCCGCAACGCCACGCCCAGCCCAGCCCGGCUCCCUCCCGUGCCACGGCCCCUGCCUCCCCGGCCGGGCGGCUCUGCUGUGUAACUGCAAUUACAUCCCCCUGGAACUUGG